AUGGUCUCUACAGCCACCACCACUGGCGCCGCCGCCAGCACCACGACUUGUGGAUCGUCCGCGCAGUAUGAACUGCCCGUGAAAGACGCCGCCUGCGGUGUCCCCAACACAACCAAAUAUAAAAGUCUCUUCGAGCAGUGUGCCAAACCGGCCGGGGUCCUUUCUUACGACCACGAUUGUGCUUUGUACGGAUUGGCAGUCGAUCAGUCCGUCCACGAUCUUACCCAGUGUUUGUAUGACGCCGGCGUCGCCUGGAAAGACGUCUGGUGCUACGGCGACACCAAUGCCACGGCCACGGCCACUUCCUACCCGACAGCCACGGCGACCUCCAGCAAGACGCACACCACCGGCAAGACGAGCACCGCCAGCUCUUCCUCUGCCAGCUCCACGGAAACGUCGGCGGCCAUGACCGUGCAGCUCUCCAAGAGUCCGAUGGGGCUGCCGUCCGUGGUGGUUCUCUCGACCCUCUUCGUAUCCGUUGCCUUGUUUGGUUUACAGUGA